ACAAACCUCAAGACUCUCACACCAUCUCCUCCUCUCUUGCAUUCGGAAUCCCUCCAACGCAAGCCUUCCUAGUCCUCAAUGGCCAACGCAUCGCUUCUCUUCGCCAUUUUCUUCGCUGCCCUCCUCGUCCAUGGUGGGCUUUCAACUACGUUCACCUUCCAGAACAACUGCCCCAACACGGUCUGGCCUGGCAUACAGAACAACCCUAAUGUCCCUGCAUUCCCGCAGACGGGCUUCGAGCUCGGCGCCUCGGCCUCCAACUCGAUAACCGCCCCAUCCAAUUGGGCCGGCCGGAUGUGGGGCCGGACCGGCUGCUCCACUGACGCGUCGGGGAGAUUUACAUGCCAGACCGGUGACUGCGGCACCGGGCAGGUCGCAUGCAACGGCAACGGCGGCGCCCCACCCGCCUCGCUCCUCGAGUUCACCCUCCAGGGCGAUGGCGGAAAGGAUUUCUACGACGUGAGCUUGGUCGAUGGCUUCAACUUGCCGGUCUCCAUCGCUCCACAGGGUGUCUCGGGUUGCACCACCACAUCAUGCUCGGCGAACAUCAACUCCCAGUGCCCGGCAGUGCUGCAGCUGACGGUAUCCGGUGCCGUCGUUGGCUGCAAGAGUGCUUGCCUGGCUUUUAACCAGGACCAGUAUUGCUGCACUGGACCCUAUAACACUUCGCAAACAUGCAAGCCGACGAGCUAUUCCGAGUUCUUCAAGAGCGAGUGUCCUCAAGCUUACAGUUAUGCUUUUGAUGAUAGCAGCAGCACCUUCACUUGCACUGGGGCUAAUUACCUCAUUACCUUCUGUCCUUGAGAAAAUUUGGUAUCUCACCAAAUCAUUGUUUUCUACACUCUAAUAAUAAUGUAGAAAUAAAGCCCAGAAUCCGGAGUGGUCGUGGGGCUCUGAAGUGGUGCAGACAUCCAUGCAUCGACAGAACAAAAUAAUUCUUAUUUCAAAUAAAUAAACUUCUAUUUUACCUUAAU